AAAACAUGGCCAGACGGGGCUGUUUUUUCUCUGUUUUUCUGCUGUUCUUCGCAGCAACGUGGCAGCUUUCUGCCUCCAGUCUGAGUAAAGUCAUGGCUCAGACGGAAAACCUCACGGGAAUCUUCAUGCUGAUUGAUGGAGGAACGUACACCUUAAACUUCACUGAAGCGAGCGCUGCGUGCGUAUUUCUGAACGUCACCAUAGCAACCAAAGCUCAGAUGGAGGACGCACUGCAGCACGGACUGGAGAUAUGCAAAUAUGGCUGGGUGGCUGAAAAGAUAGCAGUCGUCCCGCGAAUAAAAGCUGACAAUAACUGUGGAGCAGGAAAAACUGGGCUGGUAACGUGGAAUGCAUCAGCCGACAGACCGUUUGCAGCGUUCUGCUUUAACGCUUCAGCACUUACAGAUCAGAACCAAGCUUCCAAACCAACCACAGCCAGUCCACAAUCUUCCAGAUCUUCUACUUCACUGGAAGCCCUGAGCCCAACCUCAACGUCUGCUGGUCCUACGUUUAGAUCACCCACCCAGUCCCCACCUUCAGGGGAAAAGCCAGCAACACCUGGGCUGGCCAAACAGGCCCCUUCAGCUUCACCCCCCCUUACAGGGACAACAGACUCGUCUUCCUCCUCCUCCUCCUCCUCUUCCUCCCUGCCCUCACAUAUUCCUGUUUCCCCUCAUCUCCUUAUCACCUCCAUACCCAUCGCUGUCACUUCUGGCUUUUCAACAUCCACUCAAUCCCCCGUUUCCCUUGAGCCAGGGCAGCAACCAUCUGUUAGCUCUUCUCACCUCCUGCUAGAUGCUGCUCACAUCACACUCAUCAGUCUCAGCAUCAUUCUCCUGCUUCUUACAGCCGUGACCGCUUGGUGGUGCUACAAAUCGAAUAACGUCCGUCGGUGUGUCCGGCGCCACAAGGACGAGAUGCAGACAGAGAUGUGGAGGAACGGCCACGAUGAGACGGACCUACACAGUGACGAUGGAGCAGAAAUGGAACUUGAAGAACCAAGCGUGAAGUCCUCCAGUGAUGUCACGCUGUGUGUGAACCCGUGCGUUGAAGCGCGCUCUCUAGAGUAGCUGAUGUCUCGAUCCCGACAUGUUGGCUGAAACACUGCGGACUGAAUCCACCUGCGAACUGCAGGCCGACGGGAGCGAAGCGGCUCUGAGGCUGGAAAGAGACACAUGAUGUACCGCUUGUGGCAGGCGCUGACUUGUUAUCUGAUCUAAGCCGCUUAUCACCCAUGAAGUAGACCAGCCACUGUUUGUUUCCUCUUCACCAACAUGAUUUAACAUUCAUGGUGUUUUAAAAACGAUGUUGCCUGAUUCUAGAAGCAGACAUGUUUAUAUUACCCUUUAAUAUCAAGCACAAUGGUUGGUUUGCAUUUAAGAGAGAAAAAAAGAAGUUUAAAUAUGCAGUCGCAGAGUUGAUACUUUAACUUGAUGCAUGGAAAGCUGUGCUGAUGGAAAUCAGAAGUACCUCCUGUUCCGAUGCUAUGCACCUCAGGAGGAUUUUUAAACACCUGGUUCCUCACAAGGCUGUGAUAUCAGUGCCCAUAACAGGCAUAGCCCCGUCCCACAGAAAAACAAAUUCAUGUUUUUAGCAUGAUUUAGUGCAUCAUUGUGAAGUGGUUACCACCCAGCUGCAGGUCUUUUGUGGCAUGACUGCAUCUAGAGCCUUUUAGUUCGUUUAACUCAUUGUUUAGCCUGUGUUUUGCCUUAGUACACAUUUAGACCAAAACUGGGUUGGAUUUAAGUCUGAGCUUUGACUAGGCCAUCAGAUGACUACGUUUUAAUUUAGAGCAUUUGAUUGCAUUUCUGGCUGUACAAAAUGUCACAAACCAUCACCAGUAUCAUACCCACUGUGUGUGCAUUACCGAUAUAGCAAAGAAACACUUGGUUAGCAAUAAGAAUUAGCAAAUGAUAUUAAUGCAAUCCAGUCAUGCACUGUAUUCUAAUAUAUUUUUAUGCUUGUUCUUUAAAGCAGCGGGAAAUGUUUUGAGGUUGUAAAGAAUAAAUAAAAGCACAUAUUUCUACACA